AUGGAUAAUGCAGGUUGCACAGGUGGAUCAGCAUCAACCAUAGCUCCCAGCUCAACAGCUAAGCCUCCUCCAUCAGGAGACUGUCCAGCUGUCGGCACAUGCCCUCAAAAUGAAGAUGAGAAUUCUAUUGCUAAGCACCUUCCACACGCAUCAAACUGCAGUCAGUUCUGCAAAUGUGACCAUGGGAAUCCCGUGACGUUCGACUGCCCUGCUGGACUCCACUUCAACCCUACUCUGGAGGUAUGUGACUGGCCAGAAAAUGCAGGUUGCACAGGUGGAUCAUCAUCAACUCCAGCAUCAAGCUCAACAGCUAACCCUCCUCCACCAGGAGACUGUCCAGCUGUCGGCACAUGCCCACAAAAUGAAGAUGAGAAUUCUAUUGCUAAGCACCUUCCACAUGCCUCUAACUGCAGUCAGUUCUGCAAAUGUGACCAUGGGAAACCCGUGACGUUCGACUGCCCUGCUGGACUCCACUUCAACCCUACUCUGGAGGUAUGUGACUGGCCAGAAAAUGCAGGUUGCACAGGUGGAUCAUCAUCAACUCCAGCAUCAAGCUCAACAGCUAACCCUCCUCCACCAGGAGACUGUCCAGCUGUCGGCACAUGCCCACAAAAUGAAGAUGAGAAUUCUAUUGCUAAGCACCUUCCACAUGCCUCAAACUGCAGUCAGUUCUGCAAAUGUGACCAUGGGAAACCCGUGACGUUCGACUGCCCUGCUGGACUCCACUUCAACCCUACGCUGGAGGUAUGUGACUGGCCAGAAAAUGCAGGUUGCACAGGUGGAUCAUCAUCAACUCCAGCAUCAAGCUCAACAGCUAACCCUCCUCCACCAGGAGACUGUCCAGCUGUCGGCACAUGCCCACAAAAUGAAGAUGAGAAUUCUAUCGCUAAGCACCUUCCACAUGCCUCUAAUUGCAGUCAGUUCUGCAAAUGUGACCAUGGGAAACCCGUGACGUUCGACUGCCCUGCUGGACUCCACUUCAACCCUACUCUGGAGGUAUGUGACUGGCCAGAAAAUGCAGGUUGCACAGGUGGAUCAGCAUCAACUCCAGAAUCAAGCUCAACAGCUAAGCCUCCUCCAUCAGGAGACUGUCCAGCUGUCGGCACAUGCCCACAAAAUGAAGAUGAGAAUUCUAUUGCUAAGCACCUUCCACAUGCCUCUAACUGCAGUCAGUUCUGCAAAUGUGACCAUGGGAAACCCGUGACGUUCGACUGCCCUGCUGGACUCCACUUCAACCCUACUCUGGAGGUAUGUGACUGGCCAGAAAAUGCAGGUUGCACAGGUGGAUCAGCAUCAACUCCAGAAUCAAGCUCAACAGCUAAGCCUCCUCCAUCAGGAGACUGUCCAGCUGUCGGCACAUGCCCACAAAAUGAAGAUGAGAAUUCUAUUGCUAAGCACCUUCCACAUGCCUCAAACUGCAGUCAGUUCUGCAAAUGUGACCAUGGGAAACCCGUGACGUUCGACUGCCCUGCUGGUCUCCACUUCAACCCUACUCUGGAAGUAUAUGGUCCAACAUCAGCUACACCAACUACUGCAGAACCAAAGAGCUCCAUAGGGUCAGGUGAUCAAGACCCUUUCAAGUCAAUGGGAUCAUGUCGUGCUUAUGAUCUAGUCCUUAUUGCCCAGUAUCUUGCAUAUAAAACCAACAGUACUGUAUAUUGUAGACGAUGUAGCAAUAAUCUGGAUAUGUCUGGAACACAUAAUAAAGUCACACGUUUAAUGCUAAUAAACUUCCUCUUCAUUGGCAUGGACGCAACACGUCAGAUAUAUACAAAUAUGUCUGUAGAUCAAAUGAAAUGUGCUAUAAAUUUUGGCUUUUAUACCGAUAUCAUAAUCAGCAUUCAUAACCGAAAGUAUCCACUAAAUUGGCAUCCAUCUCUAUAG